AAAUAUAGAAGAAGCAGUUACUGACGUUCAACAAGAUUCAGAAGUAAGUCUACCAGUUGAAAUCCUAGAUCCAUUAUAUUACGAUAUAUUAGGUGUUGGUGUUAAUGCUGAUAUGAAAGAAAUUACUGAAAAUUAUUUUAAGUUAGCUGAAAAGUAUUAUCCAUAUCAAACAAAAGGUGAACCUAUUUUCCACAACUUUAGAAAAAUCAACGAAGCCUAUCAAGUUUUAGGAGAUAUUGAUGUAAAAAAAUGGUACAAUGAAUACGGAUAUGCUGGAAUAAAAAAAGUCAACUUCAUUAA